AAUUUUCAUUUAAAAAAUCAUAACUCGAUUGAAGUCAUCAACUUACUUAGAAAAACAUCAUUUGGGACCAUUAUCCUCAAGACCCAAAAUAAAUACUCUACAUUUUCAAGAUGAAGACCACAUCAUUUAUCGCUCUUCUUGUCGCACUCUGUCUCAUCAUGGCCACAUCAACACAAGGUCGAGCUGUAUUUCGAAGGAAGGACGGAAGUCUAUACAGAGCAAAGAGGCAGACAUCGAGCAUAGAAAGUGUAAGUUCUGAAGAAACGAAUGAUACUACGACAAAUAAUACGGAUUCAAGUGAGGAAAGCACGGAAUCUGACGAGACUACUACCACCGCUGCAACCACCACAGCUGCUACCACAGCUGCUGCAACCACUGCUGCUGCAACCACUGCUGCUGCAACCACUGCUGCUGCAACAGUCACUGGCUAGUUCAAUACAGUCAUAAACAACAAUCAUAAUUAUAAAUGCUCAUUUCUGUUUGAUCAAUAUAC